GGUGCCGGUCGGCGCGCCGCGGCGCCGCUCAGUCCGUCGGUGUCCACAGUGGUGUCCGCUGCCGGCGCGCGCCUCCGAUAUACCGCUGCUCGCCUGUCCCGUGUCGACGCUCUCUCUCUGCUCGCGGGACGAUGUCGUGUCUCCGGGUACUCGGACUGUUGGCGGUGGUGGCUACCGCGACCGCAGCGCCGACCGGCCAGCAGGCGGCGGGCGCGUCGCCGACCGAGGACCAGCAGUCGGCAGCGUCGCUGGUCUGGCCGGGCCUGGCGCCCUCCCCCGCCGCCGCGCAGGAGGCGGACGGUCGGCUCGGCCGGCGCUCGGACGAUGUCCAGGUCUCCGUGGCCACCUCUACCUCAGUGGAGAUCACCACGGUGACCACAUCGGUCAGCUCCGAGAUGGGACCGCUGCCGGCGCGGACGGGCCGGUCCCAGGACGCCGAGCGGUCACAGGAGGAGGAGCAGGAGGAACAGGAUGAGGAGGAACAUGAGGCGCCAGGAGCGGAGCUGGAGGACAGUCACACCGAGCUGGAGAAGGCGGCCGAGGGAGAGGCUGAGGUGCUGAAGUCGGCGGCCGGCGAGGUCGGCUCCCCUGCCGGUGUGACCGCCGAGUCGGCCGAGGAGGGAACCUCUGCCUCCCCGGCUGUGACGGAGACGGAGGCGAGCAGCACUGACUCCUCGGCCUCUGAGGGCACCGUGACGCCCCAGACGGAGGAGCAGAGUCCCGAGGCCGCAGCGGAGCAGGGCGGCGCAGCGCCAGAGUCCGCCACCGAGGGCUCCGGCGGCACGCCGGCCGACCCCGCCGCCGAGGAGGUCGGCACCAAGGGCACGCUGAUCUUCGACCUGGGCCCGUCUGCGUCUGACGAGCUGCACGACCUGGUGCAGCAGACGGUGCUGGACGCCCUGAUGGACGAGGGCCUGCUGUCGGCCAUCACCGCCGACACGCCCGUCAUCGAGGCCGAGGGCAGCGGCGUCGUCUUCCUGGAGGAGACCGGCUCCGGGGACGGAGAGGAGGGCCACGGCAGGAGCUCGCCGUUCGUGUCCAUCCACUUCUGAGGGGACGCGGGACGUCGCUGAUGAGUGUUGAAAGGACACACCACUGAGUCGAGUCGGGCAGGGAAGAGGCCCACGGGCAGCUCACGCCACGAAACCCGUAUAGGGAGGAAGGACGACUCCGUGGGGACGCUCCGUGCUGCUCCACUAGCCCUGGAGAAGCCACCUAUCAGAAAAGAGGGGCGCCCAACAUCGCGCUAAACAGACAGGCACGGUUCGUGUGAGCCUGAUUAUCGCUGACCAUAUCGGUGCUGAAGCUACUGCGGGUGCGAGACUGAUUCUGUUGCGAGCGUGGUGCUCCUGCUGCGGACUAAGCAUGAUGCUGGCUAAAUGUCUCAUGGAUCUGUGCAGAAUGAGAGUAAAGUUGUGCGAAACGUCAAGCUUCACGCUUUGGGUAAUGUCGUGUGCCGUCUGAAAGGACUGAGUGAAACGUCCCGUCAGGUUCGGAGUGUCAGACGUGGCGAACAGUGUGGCAGGACGGUCUGACAGUGUUGGACAGGAACUGUCAGAGGGUGAGGACUGUCUGUGUGACUGACUGUACGUGUGUCUGUGUGGCCGGGCGCGCCCGAGGACUGUCGGAGGCUGCCGCAGAGGACGAGGCAUUACGGGGCCCCGGUGGCCAGUGGGUGCAGGCCUGCAGUCUGAGGUGGCUCCGCUCCGCGCGCAGAGGGCAUGUUCAAAAGGUGCGUGUAUUUAUUGUAAGGACUGUGUGCCAUCCUGUCGCGCGCUUCAUUGUCCCACUGUCCUUUCGUGACCUGUGGUCUGAGGCAGAGACUGGGGCGGUGCGCGGGCACAUCACCUCACUGAUAUUACUGAUAGUAUAGGGCACCGCGGUUCAGUUUUCCGAUUCGGACGAGUGUCGCCAUCCGCUGCAGCUAGUCGUCACAGCCACGGGGUCAUCUGAACAGGGGCGUUUGGACGCCGCCUAUAGACUUGUAACGCCUAGACAAGACGACCAUGUCGGUCGAGAGAAUCGGAUUGCUCAAUUUGUUUCCGAAUCGUUUUAGAAUAGUUCAGCUCAGUGGUGCACGCUUAUAAGUAUUCAUGCAAUUAUCAACAUCUCAAACAGGCAAGCAAUGGCACAUGCAUAUAUGAAUUAUGCCUACAUACAACACAUAUCUACAUGCGUUCAUCCACAAAAGCAGAUGUGUGUAACUACAUUGAAGCUAUAGUUAAAAAGUACCCAUAAGCGUUUCUUUCAUUUGCUUCCCACCUUGUUGGUCUGACCAGUCGGAUUAAAAGUUGCGAGAGAUUAGACUUUUUAAGGCUGUUCAGAGCUACUGUUCACGGUAGACCCUCUCCAUUCACAUCUCGCAAUAAAUACCAGCGAUGCACCACUUUGUUUCUAUGCCAUUCAUGUCUGUCGUCAUUCAUUCGAUAAAUAAAAUAUUAAUGAA